AUGACGCAAUCAGCUCAAUCAACUACCCUCUUUCAGAGGAACAAGCACAUUUAUAUACAAGAGGAGGAUAAACUGAAGGACAUUCUCUCCGAUGAGGCGUUUCACGAGAAGGUUAUCUCCUGGCUUGAAUCCACUAUUACGGAACUUGACCUGCAGUUUGAGAUCUGUGAUCAAAAAUUAGCUGAACUUCAGCAGAACAUUUCGGUAGAGUCUGGUAAUUACUGGUGUAGCAAGACAGUUAUUAAACACUGCAACUUACACUUGGAUGUAAAGAACAUAUCCUCUUCAGGUGCGGACACGGAACAGCAUGCGACUAUCCCCGAAGUGGUUCACGCAGUUUCUUCUCUUCAACUGCUCAAAACGCAACCCUUCAUCACCCCGAAGCAGAAACGCUUUAUUGAACAGUGCGAAGCCGAGCUUAGUAGUGUUGUGUUUGAGCCGCGUGAGUUGGGGUUCAUUUCAAAUGCCCUCCGAGUUAAACUACGCGAGGGCAGCAAUGCGCGCAGUUUGCUGGGCUCGCUCGCCGAGUUUCAAAAUACCAUUGAAGUUCUUUCCCCUGAUGUUGACAAAUGUGAGCAACUGCUUGAAGCGAGUAUUUCCAACGGUGAAAUGGCUCUAGCGGAGGAGAUUUCCGAGAGGCAGCUUAAGAUAUACGAACGCAUUCUCCAGCUUAUUACCGAUCAAUAUCCCAUCAUUACAAAUCAUUACGUCGAAUCUCGCGUGAAUGAUAGGCGACAGCGCUGGGCCAUAUUUCGUAUGGCUGAUAAAGAUAUCACAGCGGUGAUUGAAGGAAAAAACAGACAAAUCGAAGCAUGCGAAGAAGAUCUUUUAAAGAUAAAGGAACAGAUUGAGAAUUACAACAACGAUGAUACACAUCAACGUAAACGUUACGAAACGGAUCGUGGUCUGUCUGACGAAUUUCUUCAGAAAAAUAGGGAGCAGCAGCAGGGUGUGUGGAAUCGUAUGUUCGAACUGGCUAGGGAAAUGCAGCAGUGCCAAGUCGAGCUUUCGAAGCUGGCACAGAAGCGCCGUAAAGAAAUUGAACGGCGACUUCAGAUGGAAGAGCGAGAGGCUGGACGUCGAAGCGGCCACGAGUCGUUUCUCAAAGCGGUAUCGGAACAUGCUCAGAAGUUGCAGAAUAUUGUUACUAAUGCAAUAAAGGCUAAGGAUCUCGCCACAUCAUUGAAUAACUUUGUUCUUGAUGGUUGUGACACUAUCGCAUCCAAGGUCGACAAGCGGCAGAACACAUUCAGUGAGAUGCUUCGUGCGAUACAGAGCCAUCACUUCAAACGCUACUCGGAUUAUUACCUCGCCGCAAGUCGGUACCUCUAUCGCAAGGAGCGGCGCCUGAUGCAAUUGGAUGAGGAGAUACGGGACAACGAAAUAAAGAAGGAACUACAUACUGAAUCCUUAGAUGUCAAUGCUAAGAAGUACGUCGAGGCAAACAAAAUACUGCUGCUAAAACGAAGGGAACUAGGGCAUCAAAUUGUGGCUAUUCGUGCGAAUUUAGAUAAAGCGAGUGAGGACAUCGAGCCCACACUCUCCUCGCUCCGCUUUGCGGGCGUAGAGUACGUUCACCCGAGCGAAAUAGCGAAGAAGGUUAAUUUGAACCGUCACUCCACUAUUCUGGAUUACCGUGAGAAGGUAACACCGUCUACAACGUUUGAUGAGAAGGUGAAAGUCGAAGAGGAAAAGACACUUUUACAGAUCCGUGCUGCUAUUGAGCAGGAGAACAGCGAACGUGCCUCCUACAGACGUACUCAACUUCCUAUGCUUGAGGCCAAAUACCGAACUCCACUGCAGCGUCAGGUGGGUGCUCUUUUAGAUCGUCGGCUCAACGACACACCUUCCGCAGGUUCCCCAUCGGCAUCGUACCCCAAGGCAGUAACGCAUCCCCUUCCAGGACAUCAAAAGGUUCCUGGCACACAUGGCGCUGGCGGUGAGGAGCCUGAUCGUGCAGCUGCUACACUGUCUGCUAAACCGUCUCAUCUAGUUUCAUCUCGCAGAAAUUCACUUGAAGAAAUGGGUGAUGGAGUUGGCGGUGAUGCAAGUACUGCCUCACAUGGUGUUCAGCUUGGCAUAAACGAUGUGCUGCGGGUCGAGGGACGUUCAUUGCGCGCUUUGUAUCCAUACAAGGCGCGAGCACCAGAUGAGCUAACGUUUGAUGAAGGGGAAGUGAUUGUGUGCGUAAGUCGUGCUCAGGAAGAGGGUUGGUUGAAAGGUGUGUGCAACCAGCGCACAGGGUUGUUCCCAAUCAACUACGUGGCACCCUGUGAUGAAGAUGAUUGA